GAGAAGUGCUCACUUACCCAGCUGCUAGCCAAUCACCGGGCUGGGUUUAGUAAACAUGAUUCAAUUUGCUGAAGGCGCGGCUAGUGUCUGAUAUACUAACAAUUGCUUCAUUGAACAUUAUAAGAGCACUAUGAGUAAAUUUAAGACAGAUGUGAAGGUGGUUUUCUCUUCACAUUCAGAAAAAAGGGACCCCGUCAACAAACAAGCUCUUAAAGAAAAUAAAAAAAAAACAAGAACCCCUCUUCAUACUCAGUCUUCCAACCCUCUACAAGAAAUGGACAGUGCACGUUUAUUGAAGACUCCUUCGAAUAUGGCGAACACAGCCCCUGCAAUAACACCUCGGACACCCAUGUCGGCCACAUCAUUCGUUCCCAGAGGAGUCAAAGCACACUCCUCCAAUACUGCUCCUACCACUCCACGUACACCUGCGACAUCCACAUUACACCCAUCUGACAUUCGGGGCACUACACCGUGUCAUGUUCCUUCUCCAUUAUGUUCUGCAAAAGGUGUAACUUUAAGGGCCAACCGUACACAUCUGCAGCCAUCUGUUUCCAGAACCCCUGGAACUAACACACCAAGCGUACCUCCAGUGUCGAGCUGUGCUGGCUCAAAGACUUCCAAAAAUAUGAGGGAUGCUGAAGGUGGGAAGAAAGAUGAUGAUGGAAGGAGUAAAGAUCAUUUGAAUAGAGCAUCAUCAUCUACAAUGCUUACUGUUCCAACUUCCACCAGGAGGUCAAGGGUGUCCUGUACCAGACUGUCUGGCGAGUCCAAGACUCCAACACAGGCAAAAUCAUCUGGUAGAUCUUCAGCAUCGUUUAAGCUUACAGUGGGCUCCAAUACACCAACUCCAGGCAGCUCAAGAAGAUCAAGCUCGAGCCAUGGAAGACUCACAAACACUGCUCAACCCCCAGCUGGCGUAAUACAAUUGACACCAGAUGUUGUGAGCAGGUAUCCAGUCAAAUUAUCUACAAGCCCGCACGAAAAAAACUGCUAUGGAGGGGCAGAAUCAACAACUGUGUCUGUUGGAGUGAGAGUUCGUCCAAUUAGCACAAGAGAACAGUCAACACCAGAUGUGCGAAAUAUUGUUGAUGUUGUGGGGAACUCUAUAAAGGUUACGAGUGACAGUGGCACUGUUCAUACCUUCAGCUAUGACCACUGCUUUAACUCUAGUGGUGUCCUUCAUCCACAUAAUGCUUCUCAAGAAGAUGUGUAUGUUACCCUGGCAAAACCUCUAUUGGAGAAGGCUUAUGAAGGUUACAACACCUGUCUCUUUGCAUAUGGCCAGACAGGUUCUGGAAAGAGUUACACGAUGCUUGGAGAUGACUCGUAUAGUGAAUCUGAAUUAGAAGUUCCUACAGCGGCUGGUAUUAUUCCCCGCUUUUGUCGAGAUCUCUUGCACCAUGCUGAUUAUUUACACUCUCUGAAUCCACCAGAAAGCCAAUUACCACAGUGUCGUGUUGAGGUGGAAAUUAGUUACAUUGAAAUAUACAAUGAGCGCAUAUAUGAUUUAUUGGCCAGUGGAGGAAGUGGAACAGAGUGCCGUGAGGCUCUGCGGGUUCGGGAACACCCAAACGAUGGUCCAUACGUAGAAGGGGUUGCACGUCAUUUGGUGUCAACUUAUGAUCACUUUCAGACAUGGCUAUUGUUGGGAAAUAAAGAGCGCUCCAUAGCUGCAACUGGAGUGAAUGAAAAAUCCUCACGAUCUCAUGCUGUGUUCACCAUAAAGCUUACCCAGAUACAGGUAGAAGAUGUUGAGGGCGAGCAACUGGAGAGCAGCAAGGUGAGCAUCAUUAACCUGGUGGACCUGGCCGGGAGCGAGCGGGUGGCAGCAGCGCAGUCACAAGGGGAAAGGCUAAAGGAGGGAGUAUUCAUCAAUAAAUCACUUCUGACCCUUGGAAAAGUCAUCACUGCCCUUUCAGAGAGUGAAGGACGACGAAGACAAUUCAUUCCUUACAGGGAGUCGGUUUUGACUUACUUAUUGAAGGAAUCUCUUGGAGGCAACUCUCGAACAGCAAUGAUUGCAACAGUUUCUCCCUGUAAUAUUUACUUGGAAGAAACUCUUUCUACUCUCCGAUAUGCACAGCAAGCCAGUAAAAUAGUCAACCACAACUACAUUAAUGAAGAUCCUACAGCGGUGAUUAUCAGAUCUUUGAAAGAUGAAGUUGAACGUCUUCGACUCCAGCAAUUGAGGAGGAGUUCUUCUCAGCUUUUUGAUGGGGAGGUUAUGGGAGAUGAAGAAAUAUCUGAUCAAGAGGGAGGUACUGAUGAUAAAGAGAAAGAUCUGUUGGAGAGAGAAAAUGCUGUCAAUCAAAAGGAAAUGGAAAGUAAUCAGGCAAUCCAAGAAAAAGAAGAAGAAAUAGCAGGCUUAAGGGAACAGUUAAGAUGCACACAGUUGCACUGUCAACAUGUUCUCAGUGAGAAAAAUAGAAAUCUAGAGCAGCGUCUUCAAGCAGCAGAGGCUCAGCGUCAACAAGCUCUGGAAAGUCUUCGCCGUCUUGGUAUUGCCAGUGAGAAGGAGACAGGUCCUAUGUUGAUCAACUUGAGUGAAGAUCCACAACUUUCUGAGACACUUUCAUACAGGCUUAAAAACGGUACCACUUCUUUGGGACAUUCAAGCUGUGACCUAACCCUCCGUGGACUUCACGCAGACAAUAUUCAUUGUUCUAUAUUGAAUGAAGAUGGUAAUCUGCAGCUACUUCCAAAGAUGGACACAGAUACAUAUAUUAAUGGCAAAUUGGUUACGUCCCCUCAAAACCUGCAACACAAUGAUCGGCUGGUGCUCGCUGGCAUUUACUAUUUCCGAGUGAGCAAUCAAGUAAAUAGUAAAAAUUCCAGUCGGGAGACAUCAAAGAAGAUGGAUUUCUACUUUACCAAAGAGGAACUAUUAAAGGAGCAAGAAAUAAGGUUACAAAAAGAAGCAGAAAUGGCCCUUGCUGCUAGUAAAGCUGAAAUGGAGCGAGAGAUGCGUUACCAGAAAGAUCGGCUUAUGCAAGAUAUCCUAGAUGCUCAAAAUCGGCUUAUGAACAAGCAGCAGUUAGUAUCUGAAAUGGAAGGAACACAGUUUAAGCUGGAGGCAGAAAAACGUUUGUUGGAGGAGAAAUUACUAAGAGAGAAAGAAGAAGGCCAACUGUUUGAUAUGUCUCUACAGUCAACUGGAUUACCACCUUCAAAUUUUGUGCUGGAGAUGCAAACUGCUUUCAAUGAAUCUAUGCAGGAAGUAAGAAGAGAGUCCAUCGGUCAUUCUUCUCACUUAUUAAGCUUGAGCAUAAAAGAAGCCAGACAGAUUUGCACGAAGCUCAAGAAACCAUAUGAAUUUACAUUGCACGAGGUUUUUAAUGAUUUUGGCCUUGAAGAAGUAGUGUUGGUGAAGGAUCUGCAACACCAUAUGACAGCCACCCUCACAAUACCAACCUUCAAAGAAAAGCUACAAACUCUGCGUGACAUUGUCCAGGGUGAAGAAUAUGAUGAAAUAUUUGAAGCCAGCCUGCAGUGGGAACGUAGUGAAGAUGUGACCUUUGCUCCUGGUUUUAUUAACAGGUUAUUGGAGUGCCCUUCUCUCCAAGCAUUAAACUCUUCUUUGAAUUGUUCUUUGAAUGCAUCCUCAUCUUUUCUCACUCGUUCAAACACUAACAGGAGGAGAAGUAACAUGUUGUAUGGAGCAGAGCGUUCUCUCAGUAUCUCUGAAUACUCUGCAUGUCGUGGCUCCGUAACAGUAGCAGGAGCAAUCCACUGGGCCCUCACGUCCUUACCCAUGUCUGACCCUGUGUCUCCUCCACUUUCUACUGCAUUAAAUACAGUUGCUGAUUUGCAUGAAGUUAUUCAGCAUAUCAGGGAUCACAUAACAGAGCCGGGGCACACACUAUCUGAUGAAGAUCUUACCAAGCGAUUCAUUCAUUUGUACCAUUCAAGCCAGGCUACAAUCAACAGCCUGUUAGCAGUAGCCAAUAUUGAGAAUUUAACAAACUGUGCAGAAGGGGUUCAGCUGCAAGAAAAACUGCGACGAAUGUCAUCCAAAAUCGCCAGUUGCACGUCUAGAUUCUUUCAGGGUGCAAAGAAUGAAGUUGAUAGCCUGUUGGAAGAAGAGAGUUGCAUAUUGGCAUCACUUACCCAAGCCCUUGUGGCUGAUAUUGCAAAACUGGCACUUUUUGCUUCAGUACCUGUACCAACAAGCACAAAAUUAAAACCAGGAGGAUUAUUGUGCAAGAAGUUUACAGAUGGAUUAAAAAAAGGACUAGAUUUGUUGGUCAUCAAUUCUGGUAAAACUGCAAGCAAUUCCACGGACCUUCUGUCGUCACCCUGCUGUGGAGAACGUGUGAGUUCUCAGGACUCGGAUGCUCUCUCAGCAGCUGCUCAUUCAGCUACAGCUGGUAUCGCUGCAUUUCUGAAGAAAUUUGAAAAGCUUAGCGCUUCCUUGGAGUAUGAUGAGAGCCGUCUUGAAGAAGAGAAGACAUACAAAAUUGUUCGAUGGGUAAAUUGUAUCGAGUUGACAUCAGACACACUGACUCAACUAACGGCAGCAAUAUUAGCAGUUGUGAAUCAGGUUACAUUAUCACAGCAAGGGAAACUGAACACGAGAGAGUUUGAGUGUACUAUCGAUGAGCUGAAAACAAGAUUGCAGUAUUUAAUGGAUUUUGCUGGCCUUAAUUUGACAUCUGCUGAUGGACCAGGCUCUUCACUCGCUUCAUCAUCCAAGAUGGAAAAUAGCAAAGAAUUUAUGGAUAACCUACGUACUGUAGCCUGGCAUUCUCUUCAUGAAGUUGAAAAUCUAAAAAAUUAUUUAUGUAGUUCUAAAAGAUCCUUAAAGUUAAAAGAAUCAAAAGGUAAUGCCUUCAAAUGUAAUAAAAUACUUGUGGCUGAGUGGCCAAGAAACAGUCAAGAAUACCAACAACAUUUAAAACGGUUAGAAGAGCAGAAGCACAGGAUGAAAAAUACACCAUACUACUUUGAAAUAGCUUCCUCUGAACAGAAGAGAGUAAGAUUUGACAUUAGCUCUUCUUCAAUUUCAUCAGUUGGUGGUUUUGAAGAAAAUGAUAAUGUAAAUGUAUAAAAUAUUUAGUAAUUAUAGGAUUAAGUCACUAUUCUCACCCACUCUUCUAUCUUCUCUUACUGUUUCCUCUCACCUCUUCCUUUUUUUUCUGCCUCUAUUUUUCUUUUUCUUUUUUGUCCUUUGUCUAUCUCUGUCUCUGGUCAUAAAUAUUAAGUUUCAUAUUUUCAUUAAUUCUGUACACAUGCUCUUUCUCUCUCACAUUCUUACUACGUAUACUGUGUGUACACGUACAUAUAUUUAUUUGUGCCAUAUUUAUCAAAACCACUGAGCAUUUGGAAAGGGCUAGGUCAAAUGUCACUCCACUGUAAUUGCAUUGAUUGUUAGAUUUCUAUUAAGGAUUUGUUACAGAUGCAUUUGUCACCAGUUAUUAUUAAUUAUCACAUUAAUAUUCAUAUUAUAUUUUGGCAGAUGUGAUUAUCAUGCAUCACCUUUCAAAUCCUCACCUGUGUAAAAGAAAACAAAAGUGAAGUGAGGCUCUAGUAUGGCUUAAACUGAAUUCCAGGUUUUAAAUCUUUAAUGAUUCAGAAAGAUGCCAGCUGGUCUAUCAGACUAUAUGUCUUUAGCUUUAAAUAAGAAGAGCAUUGGAGUGUUAAUUUUUCUCUAUUAUCCUUACUAUGUUCCAAAAUAAUUUUGAAGGACCAUGUGUUUCAUGUCUUCAGAAACUGUAGUUAGAACAGUCAUUGCCAGCUUCAAAAGUUUCCCCCAUGUUCAAUUUUUGUUGAGGUUUUGUGUAGUAUUCAUUUAUCACUUAAGGAUUUACUAAAUUGUGUAUAAUUGUUCCUUUUGAAGCUUGAUUCAUAUUUCUGGAGCAGUUAGGGCAUAGUAGAUAUGUCUUUGCUCUCUUUUUUUACUUCUUUAUAAAUUAUGUAAAUAAUAUAAUAAAUUUUGUGUGUGUAUCAUAAUGCUUCAACAAAUAUUGUUGAUAUCCUUUACAUUGUGAAAUAAAAUAGAUUAAUUAUAUUGCUCUUUGUUCAACAUUUGCAUACUUAGCUCACAAUAUAUGAGUUUCCAACAUGUUGUAAAAAGUAAUUUAUUCUUUGUGUGUUAUCUGUAACGAGGUGGAUAAAUCACAUUUCCCUUCUUCCGUUUUGUGUAUACAGUAUUUGACUGACAUGUUUUGAAGUGUGUAGGUUCUACUCGGUCACUAUUUCAUUAGUCACUGAGGAUGAAGCUUUAGUCUUUAUGUACUCAUUUCUCAAUGAACACAACCCAGAGUUGUUGUAGCCAAGUCUUGUAAUUGCCAAUUAUAUCAGCAACUUUUUUUUUCUGCAUCCAGUCAGCUUUUCCAUAGCAGAUCUACCUUUACCUUCAUUAUCUGCAACCAUGAAAUCCCCUGUUUUAAGACUCCAUUUUCUCUACACAAGUCCUCGUAUGUUUCUAGCUCUUUAAGCUUAAAAUACUGAGUUCUGACUUCUUGGUGAACAUGUUCUUCCACAAUAACCUAAAAAUAUUAUGGUUAAUAAUAAAAUUAAUACUAUCUUAGCAGUGUUUUUAAAACAGUUGAAGGUAUCAAGUUUUCUUUUAAAAAUGUGUUUAGUGUAUUUAUAUUUUUAAACAAUUUGUUCUUUGAAAAGCAUUUGCAGGUUGAUGGGAUGAAUUGUUUAUUAUGUUGCUGUUGUAAUUCUGACUUCUUACUGUUGAAUAUUACCUAGUCUUAAAAAUGCUUGACUUUUCAGUAGCUUACACAGAGGAAAGUGGUGUUUUUGUGUUAUAAAGAAGCAUACUUGUAAUACUUUCACAAUAUAUGUCUAAAAGAUUGUGGACAAGAAAGGCUCAUAGAUGAAAUAUUUAAUCUGUAAACAGUUAAUUGUUUUUCUUAAUGUAUAUAAUUGAUAAAUUAUAAUAAAAAUACACAUUUAUUAA